AUGAAAAAAACAGAAGACGUGCAGCAGGACAUUGUCAAAGAAACAUUCCAGUUGGUGUCGAAGCGAGAUGACAAUGUCUGCAACUUUCUGGAGGGUGGGAGUUUGAUUGGAGGAUCAGAUUAUAAACUCAUCUACCGUCACUACGCCACCUUGUACUUCGUCUUCUGUGUUGACUCCUCUGAGUCUGAACUAGGGAUUCUGGAUCUCAUCCAAGUGUUUGUGGAGACCCUAGAUAAGUGCUUUGAGAAUGUCUGCGAGCUGGAUCUCAUCUUCCAUGUUGACAAGGUCCAUUACAUUCUCAAUGAACUGGUCAUGGGAGGCCUAGUUUUGGAGACCAAUAUGUCUGAAAUAAUUACUAGGAUAGAGGAACAGAAUAAGCUUGAGAAGCAGGAGGCUGGAAUUGCUGCAGCUCCAGCAAGAGCCAUGUCAGCAGUGAAAAACAUCAACAUAUCACAACAGAUCAAGGACAUCAAGUUACCUGAUCUCCCCAAUGUAAUCAAGGACUUCAAAUUUUGACCUUCUUUUGAGUGCCAACUGCCUGUGAUCCCAUAAGCAUGGAAAAGAGUGGUGGUGGCGUUCAAGACCCUUUAUCAAAGUUUCUUUCUUCUGUUCGCUUCAAUGAUAUCUCAUCCUUUGACUGGAAAACAUGGGCCAUUGUGCAACCCCAAGCCCAGAAGGAAGUGAUUGCGAAUCAGGAUCCCACUCGACAGAUGUGGAUUCUUCAGAUUCUUGGGAUUCUUUUAGAAACUGAAACCCAAGAAAAAUGGCAGGCCUCACUAGCUAGUUCAUGGCUACCUGUUUUGGUUCGUUCACUCCGCCCACGUCGAUCAAUACUCCAUGCUGAUACUGCAGAAAUCAAGUCUGUCAGUGAAAUGUUGAAUGUAAUAGAGAAAUGCCUCAUGCGAAGCUCCAGUGCUUUAGACAUGGAACUACAGCUCCUCACAAUACUUUGCUUUUGGGUACAACUUGGAGCGAGGGAAGACAUCGAUCCACCAAGCAUGGAUGGCGAUUGGCGGAUCCUAGCCCUUUCAUCUAUGCCAGGUCAGCCUGUUUCUUACAAGAAGUCACGAUUGCCACAAAAAGGUACUGGUUCAUCUGAUUCCUCAGACACCGAGAUUGGACCAGUGGACUUUGUGCGGUUGAGUGCCCUAAAUGCCCUGUAUGCCCUGAUUCAAAUGGGAGAUCGAGAGAAGCUUUUUUCCUACUGGUGGGCUCUCUUGCCAUCAUCAUCGGGCAGGUGGAACCUAUGCUGGAGUGCCCGCAUGGACUCGAGCAUCAAGUGUCGCAUUGCUGCCACUCUUGUCCUGAACCGUCUCCUAGAAAUUCUAAAACCAUUCCUAAAGUUUGCUCAGUAUCAGAAGAGUUCUGCUUCUUUUGUUUCUCUUUCAGCUGCUAUUGCUGAUGACUUGGAGCAUCUUCAAAAUGCACUGCUUCUACAUAUGCAGGAAGAAAGGAACAGUUAUGUUCUGAUUCAAUUGCUGCACCUUGUGAAGACAUUAGUCAUAGUUUCCCCAUACUAUAGGCUGAAAACUGGACUUGUGGCAUCUCUUGUCUCUGGUCUCAAGUUACCUCUUGACCACAAGGAUGUGAAUGUGAGAGUAGGAGUAUUGACAUGUUUUGGAACCCUUUUGGAAAGGCAUGAUCCUUCAAUCCUCAAAGAUUCUAUUCAUCCCUGGCUCCUGGAUUUGUGUUAUAAGAAAUGCUCAGAAAGUAUAGUUCUUGUGCCCUUAAAAGUGGAAUGCCUUCAGGUUCUGUCAUCCAUCGUGAAAAAGUUUCAACCCGAACCCUGUAAUUGGGAUCUGAUACUUAAAAGCUGUUUUGUUCAGGGAAGUGACCCUGCUGUCUUACAAUAUGGCAUGCGGCUGAUGGAAACAUGCUCUGCUCGAGUUGGAGAGGAAGUUUGGGAGGAAUUUGUGACUUUAGUCGUGCCAAGGAUUAUGGAUGAUACUCUGACAUAUUUGAAGAUCCCAUUGUGUGACUGUCUGGCUGUGAUGCCAGCCCGAGUCCUACAGGCACAUCUACCCCAUUGCUUCAGCGUUCUCAUGUCCCUCACAAAAGAUCCAGCGGCAAGAGUGUCCGUAGCUGCCAUUCGGGCACUAGGAUUAAUUGUCGAAUCAGAGCCAGUGGCCAGGGAUCCAUUUCUUAUUGCUGAUAUUAGUGAAACAUUAUGUGCAGCUAUGAAAGGAGAUGGCAAAUCAUCAGACCUUGUUUCACAGGCGUCAUGGGGCCUGGGCAAUGUUUCAGCAUCUUUGCUGAGGCUCUAUGAGAAUGGAGAGAAGCCUGAAUUGUCUCUUUUGAAAGAUAUGCUAUCGUGCAUUUUGCAUCCUACAAAGGCCAAACAAGCCCAGGCCCAAUGUGUGCGUGCAAUGGGGACUCUGCUCUGUUGCAUUGAUUCAGAUACAUUUGUACACUUGAGAGAGUUGGCAUCAGAUGCAAUGAAGACCUUAAUUGCAGUAGCACGCACUGUGUCCAACCCCAAAGUCAAGUGGAAUGCUUGUAAUGCCAUUGGAAAUGUCUUUCGAAACCAGACCAUUUUAGACCAAGCUUGGACACAGGAAGCAAUUGAUGUCCUCUGUUCCAUCAUCACCACGUGUGACAACCUAAAGACGAGGCAGAUUGCAGCUCGAGCAUUGUGCAAUCUUGAGAGCCAUGGAAGUUUUGGCAGCCAAUAUUUGAAAGCCAUUCAGAGUCUGCUGAUCGGACUGGAGACGGCAAUGAACGACUUUUCUGCCGUCGACCUAAAGGUUCGGGACUAUCUCUUGGAUCAGCUGGUGCAUACCCUCUGUCACGUCCUGUGUCUUGUAGACUCGGAUCACAAUAGUGUCUGCCAAUUAAUUGCGCAACAUGGUGAAACAGUCAAAGAAUGCGUGGCACACUUCCUAGCCUAUGCAGCACCAGACAAACUGACAUCAUUCUAUGCUGUUAAGGAGAAACUACCCAAGAUCAUCCCCAUGCUGGUUGGUGACUCUUAAUCGUUGGGUUUUUUGAAUUGGUAUGGGAUUUCUAGUGAUUUUGUUGAUCGUGUAUAUGGAACAUUCUCAUGAAAUUAAUUAAGUUUUUUUCCAAAAUAUUACAGAAAUAAAUUUAUUUGGUCAACUAUUCCUUAUAAAAA